CUAUAUAUAUUUCCGAAAUUAAUCAUUUAAAAUGCCCCAGAAAAUGGUUUAACAGAUUUGGAGCAUGUUACUGUAGGUAUACUUUGAAGUUGACUUACACUAAAGUAUCAUCAUUAUUAAGACUUGAGUCGUCCAAAGACCAAAAUUUCAUCACUAUGUGCAUCAUCGAAAAACAAAAUCUACCCAAGCCAAAUGAAUCCCAAUAUCAAUAUUAUCAUUUCAAAAAGAAAAGCCUUGAACUAUAUCCAAUGCGCGCUUAGAAAGCCCACAAACCAAAACCCAUUGAGAUGGAGAACAAAUUAGUGACCCCCAUUAUCUUUACUCUCCUCUUCUUCUCCUCCUGGUUCCAGCUCCAACCUUGUCUCUCCGUGCUAUGCAACAAUGAUGACAAAAAAGUCCUCCUCCAAAUCAAGAAAGCUUUCAAUGACCCCUAUUACCUCACCUCAUGGGAUCAACACACCGACUGUUGUUAUUGGUGCUGCCUCAAGUGUGACCGUAAAACGCACCGUAUCAUCGCUUUAACAAUCAAUUCACCUGGUUCUUUCACGGGACCAAUCCCGGCCCAACUCGGAGACCUCCCUUACCUCGAAAACCUCAGCCUCCGCAAACAAGUUAACAUCACGGGUCCCAUCCCACCAUCCAUUGCUAAACUCAAAAACCUAAAGUUCCUCCGUUUAGACUCCAACAGUCUAACCGGAUCCAUCCCAGAUUUCUUAAGCCAACUCACCAACCUCAUGGACCUAGAUCUAUCUUUCAACAACCUAACUGGAACCAUCCCGGCCUCGCUCUCCAAGCUACCAAACCUUAGCUACCUCGGGCUAGACCGGAACAAAUUAACCGGACCAAUCCCGGACUCGUUCGGAGAGUUUAAAGUAGAAGGUUUGUUUUUGGUGCUGUCUCAUAACCAACUGUCAGGUAAAAUUCCAGAUUCGUUUGGAGAAAAGGACUUCGGUUCUAUAGACUUGUCCAGGAACAAGCUUGAAGGUGACCCGCAUGCGUUAUUUGGGUUGAGUAAGACUGUUGAGCAUAUAGACCUGUCGAGGAAUUUGCUGGAGUUUGACAUGUCUAAGAUUGAAAUUUCAAAGAGUUUGACCUCGUUGGAUCUUAAUCAUAAUAAGAUAACGGGGAGUCUUCCUGUGGGAAUAACCGCACUGGAUAAUUUGUAUAGUUUCAAUGUGAGUUAUAAUAGGUUGUGCGGGAAGAUUCCGGUGGGUGGGAAUUUGCAGAAAUUCGAUAACACAUCGUAUUUCCAUAAUCGUUGCUUAUGUGGUGCUCCGUUACAAAGCUGUAAAUUGUAAAUUGAAUUGUUAAACAACAUCAAUGCCUGUUUGUAACGGAGAUUAGUGUCUCAACAAUUAAUCACAUUCAGUAUAAUUAUGUAGUGAAUUCCUGAUUUAUUGAGUUUUAACUUUUCUGGUUACAUAUUAUUGUAACGGA